AUGUGCCUUCUAGAUCUUCCAACCGAACUACUCCAGUAUAUAGCAUCGUUUCUGCCAGCGGAGUCCCUGACAUGUUUGAGUAAAACUUGCAGACAACUGCACGAGAUAACUGCGAUAGAUUCUCUGUGGCAGGCGCUUUCAUUUCGAGAUUAUGGAGUUAACAGUAACCAAGGCUGGAACCUUACUUACAAGGAGAUAUAUACUAAAGGACUGAAAAGACUUGCUCUUAUUCCUUAUGGUGGACUGGUCAAUGUAUGUUGGGGCCAUGGUGAGAUCCAGGUCAACCGCUACAUGUCUAGGCCUGAGGAUCAUCCAUCGUCAAAACUGUCAAGUUAUCAGAUGUUCUCCCUGCGAUGGAAUGAGACACUAGGAGAUAUUGAAGUUUUUUGUGUCCAGUGUCCAUCAGGGGCUAGACCAGCCAUACUGCUUCAG